UGGAUUCGGGUCAAUUCAACUGGGUAUCCCGUAAGUGGCGACUAUUUCGACACGAUUUGGGAGAAUUUUACGACGCUUGCGCAUGCUUGGGAGGGCGGUACCAACUACACGGAUAGGAUUGCAGCCUUCGGUUAUUGGGAAGCUGGGGACGGUAAAAUCUUCAACAUGAACUGGCGGAUCCCGAAUUUCCAUAAGAACAACGACAGUAUUGAUCAAAUAGAGAAACUUACAGAAAACGUUAUCAACUGGUUAGCGAGUGAAUCCGAAUUCACAGAUGUUUCUCCAGGGGGUAAGUUACCGAUAGUGUGGGGACACUUGAAGAAUCAGAACAACAGCAAGUUUUGGCUUACGAGUUAUGCCAAAAAAAACAUCUUUCAUUGGAAAAUCUGAAAGUUUGAGAAGAAAUAC